AUGAGUUCUUUUAAAUUCUUAUCAACAAGAGUAGCUGCUUUUAUAUUGUAUUUGAUACCACUAAUAUACUCCUUCUUAGUGUUGUUUUUUGGCUUUAUUGAAUAUAAACAAAAGAGAACUUAUAAUUUAUUAAUUUUAUGUUUGUUAUAUGGAAUAGUAAUAAUUUUGAUUUGCUCUGUAGGAUGUCACGGAGUAAUAAAAGAAAAUGCUACAUCAAUAAGAUCGACAGUAGUUCUAUUAAUAGUAAAUAAUAUCAUAAUGACUAUAUUAAUAACAUUCUUAUUAAUAGAUAUAUUAAACUUUCCUCAUAUAGUAACUAUUCAUAAAGCUUCUAAAUUUUUGCAAUUCAUAGUACAAAAUAAAAAGGUAGGCUUGCUUUUUUGCUCCUUAGUAUAUUUAUUAAUAUUUUUUUCUUUUUGCUUUAUGUGGACAGUUGGAGAUUAUCUGGCUCAUUUAGAUGCAAAGUUAUGUUUAGAUGACUUACGAAUAUCACAUGAUAUCAUUAAGAGCAAAAAAAAAAAAAAUAGUUCAAGAAAUAAAGAUACAGAUGAAAGCGAAUUUUUAAUAAAAGUUUAA